CACGUGCUUUGCUUUUCUUCACCGGAAUUUCCUCUUCUCUUCCCUCCGCUCCGCCUCUUUUCCUUACCUUCGUCACCAGAGCUUAAAAUCUCUAAACCCUAAGAACGAAAUUAAUUAAUUUAUUUCUUCGUAUUCUGGAUGCGGUGAUUUGGAUUGGCAUUUUGUGUUUUUUUGAGGAUGGGGGCCGUUACGUCAACGAUGGCGGCGAAGUUCGCAUUUUUUCCGCCGAGUCCGCCUUCUUACCAGGUGGAGAUGGACGAGUCGAGUGGGAAGUUGAUGAUGGUGGAGGUGGGGACGAGAGAAAAUGUCGAUGUUUUGAAGCUGGAUACCAAGAGAGGGAAUCAGGUGGUGGCGGUGUAUUUUAAGAACCCUGCUGCUUCAUUGACUCUGCUCUACUCCCAUGGCAACGCGGCCGAUCUGGGGCAGAUGUUUGAUUUGUUUAAUGAGCUCAGCUUGCAUCUACGGGUCAACUUGAUGGGGUACGAUUAUAGUGGGUAUGGACAAUCCAGUGGGAAGCCAACUGAGCAGAAUACUUAUGCUGACAUAGAAGCUGCAUAUAGGUGCCUUGAAGAGAGAUAUGGGGUGAAGGAAGAGGAUAUCAUCUUAUAUGGACAAUCAGUUGGAAGUGGACCUACUCUAGAUUUAGCAGCCCGAUUAAUGAAAUUGAGAGCUGUGGUUCUACAUAGUCCAAUUGCUUCUGGCCUUCGUGUCAUGUAUCCUGUGAAGCGAACAUAUUGGUUUGAUAUAUAUAAGAAUGUUGAUAAAAUGCCAAUGGUCAAUUGUCCAGUAUUGGUAAUCCAUGGCACUGCUGAUGAUGUUGUAGAUUGGUCCCAUGGUAAGCAGCUUUGGGACCUUUGCAAAGAGAACUAUGAACCAUUAUGGGUGAAGGGAGGAAAUCAUUGUGACUUGGAGCUUUAUCCUCAAUACAUCAAACAUCUCAAGAAGUUCAUAUCAGCUAUUGAGAGAUCAUCUCAUCUUAGAAAUGGAUCUGUGCCAGUCACAGAUCAAGCGGGGAAUCCCCGGAAGAGCACAGAUUGUAGAGAGAUUUCUAGACCAAACAUGGAUCAAAGACAGAAGUUUAGAAAGAAUAUUGAGCAAAGAGAAAAGACCAGGCUAAGCACAGACUGUAGAGAGAAAUCAAGAACCAGCACUGAUAGGAGAGAGAGAUCAAGAAAGAGUGUGGAUUGCCCUGACAAAGAGAAUUAUGUGUCGGACCAUCCUGAGAAAGCAAGGAACAGCAUUGAUCGCUUUGGCGACAUGAUAAGGUCAGUCAGGUUGUGCAAUAUUGAUUGUUUCAAGCCCACCUCAGCGGCUCUCUGAAGAAAAAGCAGUAAAUUCAAGGAUUCAUUGAUUCAGGGUUUGAAUGCAUUCAAAUUCAUUUGGGAACCUUACUUGUGUUGCACAGGAACAGAUCUUGGCAGUUUCAGUAUGCAAAAUCUUGAAAGCUUCCCUUUAUUUUUUAUUGAGAUGGAUGUAAGAUGCAGGAGGUUGGACUCCAGAGACUCUACAUCACGAUGCAGCCAGCACUCAGCUUCACUUGUCAACAAUUUUGAAAGGAAUAUUUUCUAGAUACUUCACAUCCUCCAGCACCCCCCUGUGGAGAGAUAUUCACUAGUUUUCUAUACGUGCCCAUAGACCAUAGUCAUAGAAGGGGAGGAAGAAGAAUAAUUCUCACCAAAAUGAUGUGAAGAUGUGUCUAAAAUGGCUACAAAAGGACCAGUUCAAGUUGUUGAGAAGCAGAGCUCCUUGUCACGCAGCUAAAAUGGCUUUCUGCUUUCUAAGGUUAACCGGGCGUUUUUACUAGCAUAAUUUCUUGAUGUUUCCUGCUUGAAUUUCGUAUUUGUAAUUGCUAUCAUCUCCUCCUCUGCUUUCUGUCUCACACUUUGAUAAGAAUUAAAUGUAGAGAUUCAAGGUGUUGAUGAAAUUA